AAGAUAGGUGGCGCGUGUUUCAGGGUCUCUCCUCUCUCUCCUACAGAAAAGAAAAAGAAAAAAAUGUCAUUAGAAGAGGCGUAACACGUCAGUCCGUCCCCAGGUUUGUGUUUCCUGGAGUGGCCGAAAGAGAUCAGUUCUAACCUGCUCCGCAGGAAUAACGGUCCUGCCUCCCGACACUCUUGGCGAGGUUUUGUACAGUUUGCUCCGGGAGCUGUUUCUUCGCUUCCACCUUUUUCUCCCCCACACUUCGCGGCUUCUUCAUGCUUUUUCUUCUCACCAUUUCUGGCCAAAACUACAAACAAGACUUCGCAGAUCGAGCCUGCGUGCUGCCGAAGCAGGGCGCCGAGUCCAUGCGAACUGCCAUCUGAUCCGCUCUUAUCAAUGAAGCAGCCGAUCAUGGCGGAUGGCCCCCGGUGCAAGAGGCGCAAACAAGCCAAUCCCAGGAGGAAAAACGUGGUGAACUAUGACAAUGUAGUGGACACAGGUUCGGAGACAGAUGAGGAGGACAAGCUUCAGAUUGCUGAGGAGGACGGGAUUGCUAACCCUCUGGACCAGGAGAGGAGUCCAGCCAGCGUGCCCAACCAUGAGUCCUCCCCACACGUGAGCCAAGUUCUGCUGCCGAGAGAAGAAGAGGAAGAUGACAUAAGGGAGGGUGGAGUGGAACAUACCUGGCACGGCGCCGACAUUCUGCAAGCCUCUGUGGAUGGUCCAGAAGAAAUGAAGGAAGACUAUGACACUAUGGGGCCGGAAGCCACGAUCCAGACCGCAGUUAACAAUGGUACAGUCAAGAAUGCAAAUUGCACAUCAGACUUUGAGGAAUACUUUGCCAAAAGAAAACUGGAGGAACGCGACGGCCACGCAGUCAGCAUCGAGGAGUACCUUCAGCGCAGUGACACGGCCAUUAUUUACCCAGAAGCCCCUGAGGAGCUGUCUCGCCUCGGCACGCCAGAGGCCAAUGGGCAGGAAGAAAAUGACCUGCCACCUGGAACUCCAGAUGCUUUUGCCCAACUGCUGACCUGCCCCUACUGCGACCGGGGCUACAAGCGCUUGACGUCACUGAAGGAGCACAUCAAGUACCGCCACGAGAAGAAUGAAGAGAACUUUUCCUGCCCUCUUUGCAGCUACACGUUUGCCUACCGCACCCAGCUCGAGCGGCAUAUGGUGACGCACAAGCCAGGGACAGAUCAGCACCAAAUGCUGACCCAAGGAGCAGGUAAUCGCAAGUUCAAAUGCACAGAGUGCGGCAAGGCUUUCAAAUAUAAACACCAUCUGAAAGAACACCUGCGAAUUCACAGUGGUGAAAAACCGUACGAGUGCCCAAACUGCAAGAAACGUUUCUCCCAUUCUGGUUCCUACAGUUCACACAUCAGCAGCAAGAAAUGUAUUGGUUUAAUCUCUGUAAAUGGCCGAAUGAGAAACAAUAUCAAGACGGGUUCUUCCCCUAAUUCUGUUUCUUCUUCUCCUACUAAUUCAGCUAUUACCCAGUUACGAAACAAAUUGGAGAAUGGAAAACCACUUAGUAUGUCUGAACAGACAGGCUUACUUAAAAUUAAAACAGAACCACUAGACUUCAAUGACUAUAAAGUUCUCAUGGCCACACACGGGUUUAGUGGCACUAGUCCCUUUAUGAAUGGUGCACUUGGAGCCACCAGCCCUUUGGGAGUCCAUCCGUCUGCCCAGAGUCCAAUGCAGCACUUAGGUGUAGGGAUGGAAACCCCUUUACUCGGAUUCCCCGCAAUGAAUAGUAACCUAAGCGAGGUUCAAAAGGUUCUACAGAUUGUGGACAAUACGGUUUCCAGGCAAAAAAUGGACUGCAAGGCUGAAGAAAUUUCGAAGUUGAAAGGUUAUCACAUGAAGGAUCCAUGCUCUCAACCUGAGGAACAAGGAGUCACUUCUCCUAAUAUUCCACCCGUAGGUCUUCCAGUAGUGAGUCAUAAUGGUGCCACUAAAAGUAUUAUUGACUAUACAUUAGAAAAAGUCAAUGAAGCCAAAGCUUGCCUCCAGAGCUUGACUACUGACUCAAGGAGACAGAUCAGUAAUAUAAAGAAAGAGAAGCUACGUACUUUAAUAGAUUUGGUCACUGAUGAUAAAAUGAUUGAGAACCACAACAUAUCCACUCCAUUUUCAUGCCAGUUCUGUAAAGAAAGUUUUCCCGGCCCCAUUCCCUUGCAUCAGCAUGAACGUUACCUUUGUAAGAUGAAUGAAGAGAUCAAGGCAGUCCUGCAACCUCAUGACAACAUAGUCCCCAACAAAGCCGGAGUUUUUGUUGAUAAUAAAGCCCUCCUCUUGUCAUCUGUACUUUCUGAGAAAGGAAUGACAAGCCCCAUCAACCCAUAUAAGGACCACAUGUCUGUACUGAAAGCGUAUUAUGCUAUGAACAUGGAGCCCAAUUCUGAUGAACUGCUGAAAAUUUCCAUUGCUGUGGGCCUUCCUCAGGAAUUUGUGAAGGAAUGGUUUGAGCAACGAAAAGUCUACCAGUAUUCGAAUUCCAGGUCAC